AUGCACGGAAUCCUUAUCGAUGUUUACAAGUGUGCCCACUGCGGUAACAUCACCCAACCUAUCAUCCUGGCUGACCCCCUCUCGGACGACGUCUGCCCCGGUAUGUUUCUUCUCUUCAAGUACCACCCUGGAGAUUGCAAGAUGUGCCCCAAAAGCCCCAACAGCGAUACUUCUCUCGACCUUCUUACUGACAUUGAGUCCCUUUUUGACCUUGAGUCUCUUGCUGACCUUGAUUCACUUGAUGGUCUCGAGUAUGUUUUCGAUUUCGAGUUCGUUGAUGACUCUGAGUCUCUCGAUGACUUUGAUUCUCCUGACAAUCUUGAGUCUGCUGGUGGUCUUGAAUUCCUUCUGGAUUUUGACUCUUUUGACUCUGUCUCUCUUGAACAUCUCGAGUCUCAUGUCGCUUUGGGCCUUUGCUGUGUCCUGGGUCUCGUCCUGAUCUCGACACGACUUAUGCUCUUUUCUAUCUUCUUGAUCUGGGGUCUCCUAUUGCUCUGGGCCCCCUGUUCAGCUUGGCUCUUCUUUUGA